AUGCUAAAAGACCUUGCUCCACAAACAGGAGAUGGUGAUUCAUAUGCUCUCCAAGGAGAGUGGGACACAGCUGGGCAGGAGCGGUACCGGACCAUCACAACAGCCUAUUACCGUGGGGCCAUGGGCUUCAUUCUGAUGUAUGACAUCACCAAUGAGGAGUCCUUCAAUGCCGUCCAAGACUGGGCUACUCAGAUCAAGACCUACUCCUGGGACAAUGCUCAGGUUAUUCUGGUGGGGAACAAGUGUGAUAUGGAGGAAGAGAGGGUUGUUCCCACUGAGAAGGGCCGGCUCCUCGCAGAGCAGCUUGGGUUUGAUUUCUUUGAAGCCAGUGCCAAGGAGAACAUCAGUGUGAGGCAGGCCUUCGAGCGCCUGGUAGAUGCCAUUUGUGACAAGAUGUCUGAUUCACUGGACACGGACCCCUCCAUGCUGGGUGCUUCCAAGAACACACGUCUCUCGGACACCCCGCCCCUGCUGCAGCAGAACUGCUCAUGCUAGACUCAGGAGCCAGCUCAAGGGAACAAGCAUCUUCACAACAGAUGGAAUCAAGAGUUAAAUAUUAUAGUACUAAACUCUUCUACUGGGCAACAGAAAACCAGACCUGCUUGUUACAUGGCAAUUCCCCAGCCCUGCUCUGUGACCUCAUUUCUGCUGAGUGGAAGACAACAGCUUCCAGCCAAUUGCAGCAUAAUGUUCAUCAAUCACAGUAAUAGCACUAUUAGCUACCAAGGUUCAAGCUGCGUAAUAUGUGUUAGUGGCAACUUGUUCUGGAUUUCAUCUUCCUAAAACAAUCCAAAUAGAAGAAGAUAAACUAAAAAAAAAAAAAGCCUCUUGCCUUCUAAAAAGGCAAAAGUAGGCCAAAAGUGCAAUACAGUAUUGUAGUUAUUUACAGAAUGUGUUUCAAAUGCAUGUGUAUCUGUAAAUACAAAGUGAUUCGUGACUUUUA